AUCGUAUCCAUGAUUAAAACAAUUCUUUCGACUAAAAUUAUUCUGCAACGAAGAUUUUCAUUUAGCUUUGGAAUCCGAGGUAGUUUAUUUUCUUUCCUCCAUCAGAACACAUUUUGUGCCACGGCUUGUUCUGAGAUGGAUUUAAAAUCAGUUGUUAGAAAACUACAACAGUUUGCAGACCCUAGUUUAGCCGAGUCCUGGGACAAUGUUGGUCUGCUUGUAGAACCUACACCUCCACAUGAGGUAAAAAAGGUGAUGUUAACAAAUGACCUGACAGAGGCAGUGUAUCAGGAGGCAAAGGCCUGGAAAGCUAACCUGAUUAUUUCCUAUCAUCCACCCAUCUUUGUUCCUAUGAAGAAACUAGAGCAAAGAAAAUGGAAAGAUAGGAUCAUUACAGGUUGUAUAGAGAAUCGGAUAGCCAUAUAUUCUCCGCAUACAAGUUAUGAUGCACUAGCUGGUGGUGUUAAUGACUGGUUGAUGGAAGCAUUUGAUACAAAGAGCACAAGUCCAGUGACCCCAUCAGUGGCAUCAACAGGACCACACAACAAAAGGAUGCAGAUAACGGUUCCCAGAUCCACCCAGGAUGCUUUAUUUAAAGCUGUCAAUGGCAUUCAAAAUACCCUGGUCACCAUGCAGGAAUUAAACCAGGACUUAUCACAGAUCAAUAUUCUCUGCUCCAAUGGUACCAUACCAGCAAUACUACAAAAUACACAAGAUUUCAGUGAUAAAAUCCAAAGUACUGAGUUAUUGGAAUUGCAGAAAGCACCUAAACCAGGUUAUGGAAUGGGCAGAAUAGGGAAAUUAACUUCUCCAAUUUCUGUCUCUGAGGCAGUAGAGAGAGUGAAAAGACAUCUUGGACUAGCACAUGUCAGACUAGCUACAGGGGUGGGAUGUGAAAACAUCUCUUCUGUAGCUGUAUGUGCUGGAUCAGGCAGUAGUGUUUUAAAGAAUCUAGAUGUGUCACUGUAUGUCACUGGAGAAAUGGGUCAUCAUGAUGUUCUUCAUGCAGUUCAUUCUGGAACAUCUGUCAUAUUGUGUGAUCAUAGCAACACAGAGAGGGGGUUUCUCAAAGUAUUACAGAGAACACUAACUGAACUUUUCCAAACUAAAAUUGAAUUUCAGGUUUCAACAUUUGAUCAAGACCCUUUAGUUAUUGUAUGAUCUAUAAUAAAUUGAUGUUGACAUGA